AUGACAACCCGCCUCUGGACAUUCUCCUCCCGCGGCCCCCCCUCCACCGUCCUCUCCUUCACAACAACCCCAACACCAACCCUCCCUCCAUCCCUCCCCCUCCCCCGCGACUCACCCCUCCCCGAAGAAUGGAUCCUCAUCAAAGUCGCCUUCGCGGGCCUCAACAUCGGCGCCAUCUUCCAAAUGACACUCAUCCCAACCUUUCUCCGCGCCGCAACCUGCACCCCCGAAAUGGACCUCAGCGGCACCAUCACCGACGUCUGGCACCCCGACCCGCAACAAACUCCACGCUUCCAAAAGGGCGAUAAAGUCGUCGCCAUGCUGCCCGCCUCUCAUGCCCUCGCCACGGGGACGGGCGCCCUCGCAGAAUACAUCGCCAUUCCGGCCAAGUACGCCGUCCGCAAACCCGAGGAUGUGAGCUUCGCCGACGCAGCGGGCUGUCUGCUGACGGGGAUGACGGCCGCGCAGAUGGUGGAGGAGUCGGGCGCCAAGAAGGGGGAUAGGGUGCUCGUUGUGGCGGCGAGUGGAGGGAUAGGUACCAUGGUUGUUGGCAAGAAUGGGGAUUUGGUUAAGAGUCUGGGCGCAGAUGAGGUGGUUGACUACACGCAGCAUAAACACCUACCAUACCACCUAAAAGCAACCUUUUCUUCCAAACCGUUCGACACCAUCAUCGACACGCUCGGAUUCCACGCUAUAUACGCUCACUCACCGGCGUAUCUCGUCCAAGGGGGCAUCUACUCCUCCGCCGGGAUAAAACCCCCGUCCUUUGACGUCCCCGACUUCUUGCGCGCUGUCAUCCAGAUGAAACUGAAUGAGUGGUGGCCCGUAAGCAGAUGGCUCGGCGGCGUAGGCCGCCUGUGGAAAGGCGUGUCCAUGAUGUCGCCUACCCUCGCCGACAGGGAGAGGAUCGUCGCCAUGCUGGGGAGGGGGGACGUCAAGGUUGUGAGGGAUAGUGUUUGGCCGUUGGACGAGGCGGACAAGGCGUAUGAGAAGCUGGGGGGACGGCAUGCGAGGGGGAAGGUGAUGGUGAGGGUUGAUAGAGAUGUUGGUGAUGACGAGUGCUAG